AUGCGCAGUACAUCCCUGGGUCCUGUCAACCGUUUCCAAGGGUUACAGACUACAAUUCGCUAUGAAACCACCCAGAUUCAACGGAGGUUUCUCAGAUUCGCUUAUCAGGGAAAAGCCUACGAAUACCAAGUCAUCCCGUUCGGGCUGGCGUUGGCACCGAGGGUGUUCACCAAGUGUGUGGAAGCAGCGCUGUCUCCGUUACGGAGCAGCGGCAUCAGAAUAUUCUCGUACAUAGACGAUUAUCUGAUAUGCUCCCAUUCACGCGAACAAGGCAAUCAGAGAUUCGGCUGCGGUGACAGAGGGGAGAUUAACGUCUCUCAUGCAUUGCCUCUCCCUUUUCGAGCGGGGAAAAGUCAUAUCAUUCAGACUAUGCCUACGCCUGCUCGGCCUCAUGGCUUCAGUGAUAUCUGUAGUGCCCCUGGGGCUUCUGAUGAUGAAGGAUUUUCAGCGCUAAGUAGCGGCGUUGCGCCUCUGCCCGCGCAGACACCUCAGCCGGCGAGUGAAAGUAACGCCGACGUGUUUGGCUGCGCUCCGCCCGUGGAGGGACGCUGCGGCUCUCGCGUCAGGCGUCGCGCUCGGCACGGUGUCAUCCAGGGUAACCAUGACGACGGACGCGUCCCUGUCAGGCUGGGGAGCGACCUUGUCGGGCAGAACAGUGAACGGUACCUGGAGCCCGAGGCUGGCUCAGGCCCACAUAAAUGUUUUAGAGCUUUGGGCAGUGUUCCUAGCUUUACAGCAUUUCCUGCAGUUUAUCCAGGGUCACCAUGUUCUGGUGAAAACGGACAACUCCACAGUGGUGGCGUAUAUAAACCGCCAAGGCGGGACUCGCUCACUACAGUUACACACGUUGGCUCGGAAAAUGAUCAUGUGGAGCAGCACACGGCUCCUGUCACUUCGAGCGACACAUGUGCCAGGGGUGUUGAACAGGGGGGCGGAUCUUCUGUCACGGGGGAACCCGCUAUACGGGGAAUGGACACUCCAUCCGCAGGUGGUGGAACAAAUAUGGCAGAGAUACGGCCGGGCAGCCGUAGAUCUCUUCGCCUCGCGAGAAAACGCUCAGUGUCCGCUGUAUUUCUCCCUGUCCGAGGUGAAUGCCCCUCUAGGUAUGGAUGCUCUAGCCCACCCAUGGCCGGACGUGCUGCUUUAUGCAUUUCCUCCGCUCAGCCUGAUCUCUCCCACAUUAGCCAGGGUGAGACAGCAGAGUUUGUCGCUGAUUCUGAUUGCACCACAGUGGACAUCGAAGCACUGGGUAGCAGAGAUAACACAAAUUCUGGCAGACGAGCCGUGGCCUCUCCCCAUACGCAGGGAUCUUCUGACCCAAGCGCACGGCGAGAUCUACCACCCGCACCCGGACCGCAUAGCACUCUGGGCUUGGCCCGUGAGAGGUGGAACCUGAACGCAGCAGGCUUGCCAGCGCAGGUUAUAGACACCAUUCAGAGUGCGAGAGCACCCGCAACCCGCUCUCUUUACAGUGGUAAAUGGCGGGUUUUUGAGGAAUGGUGUGUCAUGAGACAGAUCGUUCCUUAUCAGUGUUCAGUGGUUGACCUGCUGUCUUUUCUGCAGGAACUGGUGGAUAAGAAAAAGGCAUUUUCUACAAUUAAAGUGUACUUAGCGGCCAUCUCCGCAUGUCAUGUGGGUUUUGGGGAUAAGCCUGUGGGGCAACAUCCUCUUGUGUGCCGGUUCAUGAAGGGUGCACGGCGCAAGCUCCCGGUUUCCAGGCUCCUGGUGCCCCUGUGGGACCUUUCAGUGGUUUUGGAUGCCCUCUCUCGUCACCCAUUUGAGCCUAUGGGGGCAGUAGAGAUGAAGUUUGUUCCUCUGAAAACAGCUUUGAUUUUGGCGUUAACCACAGCGAAACGCGUGAGUGAUUUACAGGCUUUGUCUAUUCGCCCUUCCUGUUUACAGUUUGGCCCAGGGCUCACCAAGGUCUGCCUGCGGCCCAACCCUGUAUUUGUGCCGAAGGUGCUGGAGUCAGCCUACAAGUGUCCCACAGUGGAGCUUUUGGCAUUCCACCCACCCCCUUUCUCCUCAGUGGAGGAGCAGAGGCUGCACACUUUGUGCCCGGUACGGGCUCUGCACAUGUAUAUGUGUAGGACAGCAGAGUUCAGAAAAGAGGACCAGCUGUUUGUAUCAUGGGCAACCCCUCAUAGAGGUAAGCCGUUGUCACGCCAGAGGCUGUCACAUUGGAUUGUGGAGGCUAUUUCUCUGGCUUAUAGUUCGAAGGGCUUGCAGCCCCCCCAGGAUCUGAGGGCUCAUUCCACGAGGAGCAUGGCUACCUCUUGGGCCCUGUUCAAAGGGGUUUCUGUGCAGGACAUUUGUGCUGCUGCGAGCUGGGCGUCGCCACACACUUUUGUCAGGUUCUAUAGGCUGGAUGUCUCUGGGCCAUCCCUAGCACAAGCUGUGCUGGACAAGAACUUGCCAUUGUCAUUGUAGUAAUCACAGUCUGGCUCGACAGGAUGUAUGGCUUCUGGAAAAUCAUACAAUCCGGGAGUGGUCUAUAUCUCCCAUAGUGAAACACCGAACGAAGUUAGAAAAAGAACUUUGGGUUACUUAACGUAACCUCGGUUCUUUGAUAACAGAGUGAGGUGUUUCACCAACACUUCCCUCCUUGCAUGUACACGGUAAGAAACCGGUCUAGAAUGACUUGGGAGGGUUGGGUCGGCUGUAUUAAUAUGAGG